UUGUGUUCUUGCUUUGUCAUCUUCAGUCUCCUCUGAAAAAUACAUAAAGACUGCCUGUAGCAGAGACUUCUUUACAUGUACAAUGACGCAUGCCUUGACUCAACUGUUGAGAAGUCCUGUCCUUGUUGCAGCUAUUUGGAUCCUUGGAAUAGGUGGGACCUUCCAGUAUGGCUUCAAUAUUUCUGUCUUGAACUCUCCAUCAGUUUUUAUUAAAGCGCUGGUGAACAGCACCUGCCAGCAACGUUAUGGACGCUCUUUGAAGCCAUCGGAGCUGUCGCUCAUCUGGUCCUUCAUUGUGUCCAUCUACUGCAUUGGAGGACUGUUUGGCACCCUGAAAGCUGGACGGUUGGCAGCCGUGUAUGGCAGGAAGAGAACUCUGCUAUUGAACAAUGUGGUGGCAAUCUGUGGAGCUGUCCUGAUGUUGUUGAGUAAGACCGCCCUCUCGUUUGAGAUGAUAAUGGUGGGACGCUUCCUGUAUGGCAUCAACGCUGGUGUUAGUUUGACUGUCCACACACUUUAUUUGUUGGAGUGCGCCCCCAAGAGGUUGCGUGGAAUGGUUGGGGUGUCUGUUGCCUCUUUCGUCUCAUUAGGGAAGUUCUUUGGCCAGCUGCUUGGAAUCAGUGAGCUGUUGGGCACUGAGGAGCAUUGGACUUGGCUGCUGGCUGUCAGUGGGGUGGCAGGUCUUAUACAGUUACUCACACUGCCCUUUCUCCCCGAGUCCCCACGGUAUCUUCUUCUGGAGAGGGCAGACAAAGAUGGCUGUGAGACGGCUCUACGCAGGCUGUGGGGGGCUAGAAAGGAUCCUAGACCCGAGAUGGAGGAGAUGUUGGCUGAGCAUUCUGCACUGAAGGGCGUGAAUAUUCACAAGCUCAAGGACCUCUUCCUCGACCACGAUGUGCGCUGGCAGCUCCUCACCAUUGUCGUCACUUUUGUAGCUCUGCAGCUCUGCGGCAUCAACGCUGUCUAUCUUUAUUCAUUUGAUGUGUUUCAAGCAGCCGGCGUUCCCAUAGAGGAAUUGCGUUAUGCCGCCCUGGGGACAGGCCUGUGUGAAGUCUCCACCUCCAUCGCCUGUGUAAUGAUCAUUGAGAGCACAGGGAAGAGAGUGCUUCUCUUGAGGGGUUACCUGUGUAUGGCAGCCUCACUGGCCCUCCUCACGCUCACACUCUACUUACAGGAGUUUGUAACCUGGAUGCCAUAUUGCAGCAUGGUCCUCAUCUUUGUCUUUAUCUUCUUCUUCUCUAGUGGGCCAGCUGCGGUAACAGCACCCCUUCCUGGUGAGAUUUUCACACAGUCCUAUAAACCACCAGCGUUCAUUGUGGCCUGUACCAUCAACUGGGUUGGGCUCUUUCUGGUGGGCAUGUUGUUUCCCCUUAUAGUGGAGCAUUUGGACUACUUUCUGUUCCUCAUAUUUAUUGUGGUCUGCUUCUUCUCUGGUGUUUUUGUUUGGUGCAACGUGCCAGAAACAAAGAAUAAAACUGUUCUGGAGAUCACUGAGGACUUUAAGAGAAUGCACCAGAAACCCAGACACUUACUAAUGUCCAGAAUGAACUCGAUACAUAUCAAUGACUUCCAGACCACUGUAUCUACCAAGCUUUAGCCCCAGUGUAAUAUAGUCAGAAGCUGGUCAAUAAAUACUCAAUAAUCGUUCUUUGAUCAUGUGGUUUGCUUUGCUUUCUUGUUGGUGGCAUCAAGUGUGAUAAUACCAAACCUAAAAUCCCAUUUCGAUUAUAGGCAAACCAAAUGUUGAAUCAAUAGAUUUGUACUUUGUCACGCUGAGGGACACCGAUACAGGUUUGGCCUGAUACAAUUGCUCUCUGGUGCAAUGCCUUUAUUGAUGCCUCUGUAGAGUGAUUAGUAAGGCUGCAGCCUCUCUUGAGUGUUAUGUCUUGUCUUCAGGGAUGUCUUGACCUCUUACCACACCAUAAAGUUGCCAAAUUAAAUAUUGGACUCCUCUGAAAUGAUUCUACAAUGUGACAUCAGUCAUAUAUCAUCCAUAUUUAUUAUGCUUUCUGACAGUGGGAGAUAAUUACUUUAAUGUUUACUGUUUAAUGCUUAAACUAAUAUAGCUAGAACAAUUCAUAUUUUGCUUCUAGUCUACUUUGGUGUACUUGUGCUCUAAAAACGCCUCAGAUACCACAGUUAUACUUUUUGAAAAGGGCACCAUGUUCUUUAAGGACUUUACAGUACUAACAAUAUCUGUAGCAAGUUAAUGGUAUUUUGAUAUGGAAACCAUGGUUACUAUGGACAUACGCAGGGGCGUAUUCCAGGGAGGAGGUAACCCAAAUAACUAAAACAAGUACAACCCAUCCCCCUGCAUAUGUUGUAAAGGACAUAAGCUGUAAAAAUAAAUCUUGUUGUUUCAAUUUAACAGUGUUCAUGCUGCUUUA